CUUAACUUCUCGCCUUAGGGGUUCGCGUCCCGCCCAUCCCCUCCUCCCGCACCUUAGCGCUGUCCGCGGUGCUGACCGCCAAUCCCCGAUUGCCGCUUCCACCAGCUGAGCUCUCUCGCGCGCACAGCCUCGCCUCACGGCCUCCCACUUCUCUUUCUCCGGGCACCGCCCGCAUAAAUCACGGGUGGGAGGCAGGCUCGGUUCCCCUGUGCUGGGAAGCUGCCGCCGCCCCUCCCUAGCUAGCACUGGGUUUUGCGGUAGCGGUGACAGCCGCUGCCCGAUCGGGCGCCGGGGAAGCAAUUCAUUCGUCUACCGCCAGCAGCCCCGAGUUGCCGAGGCGCGUACAGGAGGAAGAGGGAGAGAGGAAGAGGAAGAGAAAGAGGAAGAGAAGAGAGACAGAGAGACAGAGACUCACCAAAUACCUUCACCCAGGUGGCGGACAGUCUGAAUGAAUCCGCCGUCUGCUAUGCACGGACCCUGGCUUAUCUGAGUUUUCUCUCUUCUGGCAGCGGCACCUCUGCUGAGCUCUCAAACCAAGUCAUCGGGAGUUAGCAUCUUGCCAUCCAGCAGGGGAGGAAGGAGCUGACAAGAAUCUGGCUCCCCGCUGUCCCUGCAAUCCUCCGGUGUCGCGGAGCACACGCCUGAGCCUUGCACCAUGACGGACACCGUGGUCAGUAGCAGCUCAAACCGAUGGAUGUACCCCAGCGACCGUCCCCUGCAGUCCAGCGAUAAAGAACAGCUCCAGGCGGGCUGGUCUGUCCAUCCCAGCAGCCAGCCAGACAGACAGAGGAAGCAGGAAGAACUGACAGAUGAGGAGAAGGAAAUCAUCAACAGGGUGAUCGCUCGGGCUGAGAAAAUGGAGGAGAUGGAGCAGGAGCGGAUUGGGCGCCUGGUAGAUCGCCUGGAGAACAUGAGGAAGAACGUGGCCGGGGAUGGGGUGAACCGCUGCAUCCUGUGUGGGGAACAGCUGGGGAUGCUGGGCUCUGCCUGUGUCGUCUGUGAGGACUGCAAGAAGAACGUCUGCACCAAGUGUGGGGUGGAGACUUCCAACAACCGCCCGCAUCCUGUGUGGCUCUGCAAAAUCUGCAUCGAGCAGAGGGAGGUAUGGAAGCGUUCCGGGGCGUGGUUCUUCAAAGGCUUCCCCAAACAGGUCCUCCCACAGCCCAUGCCUAUAAAGAAGACCAAACCGCAGCAGCCCGUCACCGAGCCUGCUGGUCCAGAGCAGCCUGCCCCUGAGCCCAAGCACACUGCCCGGGCUCCAGCACGAGGUGACACUGAGGACAGGAGGGGCCCAGGUCAGAAGCCAGGUCCCGACCCGGCCUCCGCCCCUGGCCGAGGAAGCUAUGGGCCUCCCGUGCGCAGGGCCUCGGAGGCGCGCAUGACGUCAGCCACCCGGGACUCCGAGAGCUGGGACCACGGCCACGGAGCGGGUGCUGGAGAUGCCAGCCGGAGCGUGGCAGGUUUGAGACGCACUAACUCGGUCCAGGCCUCCCGCCCUGCCGCGGCCUCGGGGCCCAGCCCAGCACCUCCUCAGCCUGGGCCACCAGGGCCGGCAGGGGGCGGCAGAACGGCUCCUGGGCCCGCGGGACGCUGUCCAGACCAGAGAGCAGAAGUGGCUACAGGUGACCCUGGCUAUCUGGGGGCCAGUGCCCCAGCCCGGGAGGAGAGGACAGGGGGAGCCAGGGAGGAACAAGCAGCGCCACCCCCGGGACCCUAUUCCCAAGCAUCUGCCGCUGUCCCCCAACCUGCCACCACAGCCCGCCCGCCGCCCCCGGAGGAGGAGGAGGAGGAGGCCAACAGCUACGACUCAGAUGAAGCAACCACUCUGGGUGCCCUGGAAUUCAGCCUUCUCUAUGACCAGGACAACAGCUCCCUGCAGUGCACCAUCAUAAAGGCCAAGGGACUGAAGCCCAUGGACUCUAACGGCCUGGCCGAUCCCUACGUCAAGCUGCACCUCCUGCCAGGAGCCAGCAAGUCCAACAAGCUCCGGACGAAAACUCUGCGCAACACCCGGAACCCCAUCUGGAACGAGACCCUCGUGUACCACGGCAUCACAGACGAGGACAUGCAGAGGAAGACCCUCAGGAUCUCCGUCUGUGACGAGGACAAAUUUGGCCAUAACGAGUUCAUCGGUGAAACGAGAUUCUCGCUUAAGAAACUGAAACCAAACCAGAGGAAGAAUUUCAAUAUCUGUCUGGAGCGGGUGAUCCCGAUGAAGCGUGCAGGGACCACCGGCUCGGCCCGUGGCAUGGCCCUUUACGAAGAGGAGCAGGUGGAGCGCAUUGGCGACAUAGAGGAGCGCGGCAAGAUCCUGGUGUCCCUGAUGUACAGCACUCAGCAAGGAGGCCUCAUCGUGGGCAUCAUCCGCUGCGUGCACCUGGCCGCCAUGGACGCCAAUGGCUACUCAGACCCCUUCGUCAAGCUCUGGCUGAAACCGGACAUGGGAAAGAAAGCCAAACACAAGACUCAAAUUAAAAAGAAAACCUUGAACCCUGAAUUUAAUGAGGAGUUUUUCUACGACAUCAAGCACAGUGACCUGGCGAAGAAGUCACUGGACAUCUCCGUCUGGGACUACGACAUCGGCAAGUCCAACGAUUACAUCGGAGGCUGCCAGCUGGGGAUCUCAGCCAAGGGAGAGCGCUUGAAACACUGGUACGAGUGUCUGAAAAACAAGGACAAGAAGAUCGAGCGCUGGCACCAGCUACAGAAUGAGAACCACGUGUCGAGCGAUUAGGACCGAGCCCUGGUCCCCCGCUCUGUGCGCCCCCCGCCCGCCCCAGCCGCUCUCCGCUCUCUGGUCUCUCCCCUAUGCCCCCCUCCCAGCCCUCGCUGCCCUUCUCGAGCCUGACUUUGGGGUCCCCCCAUCUUGGGCAUGGCUGCCAAAGACCUUCCCCUUCUCCUCCUCCUCCUCCACCCCUCUCCUCCUCCCUUCUCCUCUUCCUCUCUGUCCCCUUCCUCCUCCUCCUUCUGCUCCUCUUCCAGCUCCUGACGCAGCCCCCCUCUGGUCCCUAGUAUGGAACAGGAGGGCUGGGAUGCAGAGAUGCUUAUAAAGAGCAGGUCUGUUUAUUAACCACGCAGUGUGGGUGAGUUAACAAAGGUCUUCACCAUUUGAGGCUGUUUUGCUACCCUCCUGGCCUUGAACACACACACACACACACACCCCUGCCUGGGCCCUGUGUCCCCUCUACGUGUCCUCUCAGCUGUCAGUAGACUCUCACACCGGGAGCACACACAAUCGGGCAAAAAUGGGGACAUCCAGGAUCCCACUAUCCCGCCAAACACACCCCCACUUGCCAGGAGAGCGGCCUGCUCCUGUGUUCGGCAGCCCCCCCCCGGACUCCCACUCCAAACACAUGAAGAAAUGGACACGCAGCACACACAGAAGACCUCGUUGCCCCCUCUUCCAGGAAGUCAUCCAUCCGCUCCUAGCAAGAAAUAAUCCCCCCCCCCCGCGACUGCCGUCUCUCCGCCCCUCCCCGCCAACGCUCCAUCAGGAGAAUCCCCUUGCCUGGCCCUCUCCUCUUCUGUCCCCUCCCCACUCCCUCCUCCUCCCUGUUCCCUCUUCUAGGUAGAAGAAGGAAAACAGAAGCUGGGUGUCCAAGCCUCCUGCCCGCCCACCCAGGGACUCGCCUCUUAAACUCAACACCGCCGCUGUCUGCGUGGCCAGAUGGCCUUGGGCUCGGGCAGGCUGUGGGCACAGCCCUGCGCGUGGCAGCACCCUGCAAGCUGGUGGAUGCCCCCUAGAGAAACUCUGCCAGGCCCGGUCUGCUGGUGGGCCCUGGGAAGAAGACAGAGCUGUGGGUCCAAGGGGCUCCGCCAAAGCCUCUCCGUUAAAAGAACAACAACUCCCUUCAUGCUGGGACUCUGUGUCCUUCCUCGGGUACCCUGUCUCUUGCAGAAAGUCUCCCCGUCUCUCUGUCCAUCUCUCUGUGUCUUGCACUCUCUUUUCCAAGUUCCCCAGGGGCAUCAAAUAACAUCACGGGUAUAAAACUUUAAAAAGGGCCAAGCCCUGAUGCCAAAGGCUUUUGGUCCAUCCUGAGUCAAGAAGAACGUGAUUUGAGGUUGAGGUCAGGCCAUCCUCCGUUCCCCCUAAGAGGGCGUUGUUUUUCCCAACUUCGAAUAGGUCUUUCCUUGUGAAAAUCAUCACAGCUCGUCCCAGGCCCCUGCCACACGCUCUAGAAGCUGUCGGACCCCUACAGAAGCUGUUACCCCAAACUCACGCCUUCUAACUGCCCCCUUUCAAUGCCCUCUGUCCUCAGCUCCCUGCACAACUUAUUGGAGGACUUGGUUCUUGCCUUUAAACAAUCAUUUUAUAAAUAUCAAGCUCUUCGCCUUCCCCAACAGCUUCCUGGCCAACAUCUUUCCCUGUGGCCCUGACUUUUCCCUUUAGUGCCCUGUGGCAUUCGCUCAGCCUCCCCUCUGCCAUGGUCCCCCCUUAGGAGAAUGCAUGCCGGCUGUGUCACCCGAGCCUGACGCUGGUGUUGGCGCUGCAGUGAGCAUGCCCAAGCGUGCCGUGCCCCUGGCCGGGGCACACACCGUCCCGGACACAUGCAAGCGCCUCCUGCCUAGGACAUUCACAACCCCUGGUGCAUGCCAGCCGCCCACCGCCUUUCUUUGUGCUGAUGUAGCCAACAAUAAAGUAGGACUAUCCAGGCAAA